GUAUGUCGAAAAUGGAAAUAAGACAUCAGUCAUACUUCCUGCUUUAAAUCUAUCUAUAAAAAGAGCAAGAAAACCCAAGUGAAACCCACUCGUUGGCAGCAGGAGGAGAUGGCUUCGCACCACCAGUGGAUCUUGCUCCUUUGCCUACAAACCUGGUUGGAAGCAGCUGGAAAUCACACAGAUGUCUUCAUCAUAAAUGGGACUCUGGGGGAGUCAGUUACCUUCCCCUUGAAAAUCCUAAACCCACAGCAAGUUACCUCCAUUGCCUGGAGUUCUGAAACCUCUGUAGCUUUUGUAAAUCCUGGAGAUCAGGGCAGACCCAUAGUGACUGUGACACACCAAAAUUAUGAUGAUCGGAUAAACGUCUCAGGUCAGAACUACAACCUGAUCAUGAGCAGCCUGAGGAUGGAGGACUCGGGGAUCUACAAAGUUGACAUAAAUACAAAGAAUGAUGGAAAAAAGACCACCAUCACCAGGAAGUACAACCUUCAAGUCUAUCGCCGGCUUGGGAAGCCCAGGAUCACCCUAAGUCUGAUGACCUCUGUGAACAACACCUGCAAUGUCACACUGUCGUGCUCUGUGGACCAUGACAAAAAUGUGACAUUCCAAUGGAGCCCCCUAGGGGAGAAAGGAAGAAUCAUUCAAGUCUUCCAGAGCCUGGGGGACCCUGAGAGGACAUACACGUGCACCGCCAGAAACCCUAUCAGCAGUAGCAAUGAUUCUGUCACAGCCCUACAGCUGUGCACAGAUGGGGUGCUAGGCACAUGGAAAAAACGUAGCAAGAUGCUGAGCAUGCUGGCCCUACCUGCCCUGGUCGCCUGUGUCCUCCCUCUGCUGCUCCUGUGGUUUCUGUACAAGAAAGGACAGUGUAGACUCCCCAGAGGUUCCCCUUUGAAGACUUUCAGUAAGAAACCAGAUGAUGAUGCAGAGAAAACCUUCUACACAUAUGUCACUGUCAUGAGAGAUGCCCAGCCAACUGAGUCCAGAAUCUAUGAUGAAAUCCCCCCAACCAAGAUAUUCUCUGAGGAGGAAUCAGUGAACACGAUUUAUUCCAACUUGCAGUCCUCAGAAAAGAUGGAGAAGCCUGGUUCCAAGGACCCCAAAACUGCUGGGACACCCAGUUAUGAAAUUGUGGUCUGAACGUCUAGUCAGUGUGCUCCUUCUGAAAUCGAGUGACAGUCACAACUACUGGCAAGUCCCCAAUGUUGACUCUGUCUGCCCAGCCCUCCCUUGCAAGGGGUCAGUCCUGCAGCAAAUCCAAGCUGGACUCCUUUUUGGUCAGUCUGGCAGUUGCCAAGACAAUCAAAUGGACACGUGUCGUGCCCUUACUGAAUGCUCCCUCCUGGAUGAGGACAAAACAGGACCAGAGGCAAAAGGAGCCAUGGGCCUCACAUAUACAAAUAUGACACACUUUGUGUUAUGUUGGGGGAAAAAUAUCAAUACACCCUUCUGUCUGAGACUGAGUGUGCAUGAGGUGUGGCUUUUCAUGACACCAGAGGAUCAAUACACAAUGCAUGCCUAUGAAACACCAGAGCUUCCAAGCGGAUGACUGGCCCAUAUUUAUUAUAUGUGGGCUACUUCGCACCAGAGUGUGGACUCCAUGAACCUCCUACUGGGAUCUCUGUGCAGGUGCAUUUGACUCCACAAGCUCAGGCCAGGAGUCCUAGCCACACAGACCCUGGUACACUUCAGGCUGGAUCAAGCUCUCUCCGGGGGUCUCCACUGAAAGAACUUGUUUCAGCUCUUCUCCUGACCACCCACAAGGUUUCCCUGUGGUUAUGUAUAUCCUCCACAUAGCACCAUGGUGGCUGAGUUUCUGUGGCUAUUUGGCAGAGACAAGGGAUGCCAGACAUUAGGGUAAAAGUUAUUCUCAGUGUAUCAGUGAGGAUGUUUUAGAAAUGACUGCAGCAUCUGAAUAGAACGGAGAAGAUUGUAUGUGUGUGUGCAUGUACACACACACAAACACAUUCACCAAGUCCACUGAAAGUCUGAAGGGAACAAAACAGCGUUGUUGGGAACAUUCAUUCUUUUUCUCUUCCCUAUAGCCUUCACCUGGGCAUUGAUCUUCUCCUGCCUGUGAAGUUGGACUGGCCUUAAGCCAUCAGUUCUGCUCUCUAGCCUUUCGACUCAGACAGAAAACAAGUUCACUUCCAGGGAGUGGGAAGGGGGAUAUCCACUAGUCACUUUAUUUAAUUACUAUUAUUAUUAUUAACAAAUAAAAAUAUU